AUGGAUAUCGAAAAUGCCAAGAAACACCUGAGCGAUCUGCAGAAGGAGAGGAGGAAGAAGAAAAUUUCCCUUCCGCGUGUUUUGAAAGGGAAGGUAGUUAUUAGGGAGGAGCACCACCCAAAGGAAGGCGAGUUAAAGAAUCAUUUCCCCUAUAUAUUUAAUAAACCCGUGAUUCACUUAUGCGCAGGAAACGCGCCGCAUAAGGAACUGUCUAAUAGCAUAAACGAGAAAAAAUCCUUCGACGAAACAGACUCUACCAAACUGAUGGACAGCACAUGCGCAGAGAACUGCGAAGAGAAGUGCGCAGAAAAUUCUACACUGCAGGAAAUGAUGGACACGGGCACAGAGGAUGGUGAGAUGCUAAACAUGGGGGUUCUAUUCACUGGGUUGCCGGCACCAGGGGGGCAUAACAUAGUAUGUGGGAUGCUAGAUAGUCUGAAGAAAAAGAAUAAAAAAAACACCUUGUUUGGAUUUAUUAACGGAUUUGAAGGCGUGAAAAACUACUCCUUCAUGGAAUUGAAAAAUGAAUACAUUAGUAUGUUUCGAAACAGUGGAGGGUUCGAUAUGCUGAGAAGUAGCUCGUUCGAUUUUUUAAGUGAAAGUGGAAAGAGAAAGUGUUUUAAGAUUUGCAGACAGCUGAAUUUGGCGGGGCUCAUUAUCGUAGGGGGGGGAGACAGCCACAGACAAAUCACCACACUAGCGGAGUACUUCCAGGAGGUCUACUCCCUAGCGGGAGAAAUCGGUAGUGCGAUGCAUGAAGGGGAAGAUCCCACGUACCAAAUUGUGAGUGAUCUCAGCGACGAAGAAAUAAAAAUCAAGUAUCCAAGAAGAGAAAAAAAAAAAAAUAGGAAAAAAACCUCUAUCCUAUGCGCACCGAAAAGUGUGCACAACGAGAUAGAUAGCGACCUAGUCGAAUGCUCUCUCGGUUUCGACACAACCGUUUUUACCUACUGUCAGUACAUAAGUUACUUAACAUCCCAUGUGAGAACAUAUCAGACAGGAUACCAUUUUGUCCGGGUCAUCGGCAAUUCCUCAAGUCAUGUGGCCCUGGAAUGCUUCUUACAAACUAAGGCAAACAUAGUUCUGGUGAGCGAAGAAAUUAAAAAGAAAAAAAAAAAACUAAAGGAUGUAAUCGACUUCAUUUUCGAUGUUGUACAAAACAGGUACGACCUAUUCAACAAAAGGUAUGGCAUUGUCAUCGUACCUGAGGGGCUAUUAGGUAAAAUAGGAGAAUUUAAAAAAAUGGUUCGAAGUCUCCUGUUGGCGAAGAAACAGAUCAUUCACAGCUCACUAAAUAGGGACGAUGGAGAAAGAAAGAUAAUUGCCCAGUUUUUUGCAGAAAGCGGAAACAAUGUGGAAUUGUUCCGUUCCCUACCUUCCUUCUUCCAGAAGAAUCUUUUGGAGGAAAUUCAGUCGGAGAAGUUCAAGUACUCCCGCCUAAAGACAGAAGAGCUACUCCUAUCUUGCGUGAAGAAAAAAAUAGAGAAAACUAAAAUGAAAGACAUCGACUUUAUCUCGCACGCAUACACAGACGAGGUUACUUGCUCUUUACCGUCCAACUUCGACUGUGCUUACAGUUAUCUCCUUGGCAUGGGGUGCGUAGAAAUAGCCCAGAAUAACUACAACGGGUAUUUAUGCACCAUCAGGAAUUUAAAGAAUUUGCUCCUUAACGUGGACAAGGUACAGUUGGUAGGGGUACCGCUCUGCAGUUUGUUGCGGGUGAAGAAGAUACCUGAGGACGGAUACAACCACAUUGAUUCUGGAACGAACCUUAGCAAAGAUUUGGAUAACCUGGAAAAAUCCUUAUUCGUUAAGAGAGCAAAAGUGAACCUAAACAGUGGAUACUUUCUCACUUAUAAAAAGCAUCGCACAGAGUUGCUCUAUGUAGAUAUGUACCGAACACAUGGGGGCAUUCAGUUUGAGAGGAGUAUGGUAGACGAUGGUGAGGACCACUUGCUGGACUCGCCCCGUAAGCUGAACAAGCUUUUUUCCAGUACGUUUGCCAAGUGGGAUUCCAAUUGGGGGCAAUUGUACAACAGGGUGAAUUUCACCGUGUCGGGGCUGAGCGGGGAAUUCUUCUCUGAGGGAGGUACCUACGAUGUACACUCAAGUAGUGUGGGAAGUAGCAUGCAAUCCGAUAAGGCGCUUACCCCAUCUUACCUCGUCCCAAGUGCGGUAAAUCUGAAGAGUAUCUCGCAUAGCACCUCAAGUGGCACCGGGGGUGGCACCUCCACUGGAAGUGCAUUCCACGCAUCGAUUCGAUUCCCCUCCGAAAUAGAGCGGGCCAUCAGCAGGACACCCAUAAAAUUUAACACGAACCUGAUGAGGCACAACAGCGAAAUCGUCUACGUAGACAGUCACUUCGAAUCGAAACUAAAUUACACCCCAUUUAAACACAUACAGAAAAUAAUGCGCAUAUAUACGGUUAAGAAUACGCAAGUGAAUAUUAAAGGGAAAAGCAGAUGCAACGAUUCUACUUUCCUUUCAGAAAGAAAAAAUGUAGGUGUUGUUAUGUUGUCACAUAGUGUUCCAGGGGUAAAUAACAUUCUAGCAGGGUUGCAUGAACGACUAUCCAUGAAUAACAUAACCUUGAUUGCAUUUGUGAGGGGUAUAAGAGGACUACUGACAAACGAAACAUACAUACUUAAAGAUAGCCAUUUGAGUAAUUGGAGUAAUUUAGGAGGAGCUCCUUUGUUGGGUGUACAACUGAAAUGGAUAGAUGACAAUGGAGAAUUAGUCUGCGUGAAUGACCUCGCUCAGGAGAAGCAUACGAACCAAAUAGUUGAAAAUUGUAAAAAGAAUAGAAUAAACAACUUAGUAUUUAUAGGAGAUGAACAAGUAAUUACAAUAAUGAAUAUAUUGAAUGAUCACUUUAUAAAAAGGAAGAAUGAUCUGAAAAUCACGACAAUUCCUGUGUCUCUAUACAAUAGCUUCUAUAGAAAUUUAGUCGAAUGUAGUAUCGGGUAUCAUUCCAUGGUUUGUACAAUGAGUGAUAUUAUCGGGAAUUUACAAAGCUGUACUGUCAAUGGAAGUAACUACUACUACUUUGUUAAAGUACCCACGAACAUAUCCUCCUUAUCAUUAUUGUCUAUCCAGUUGGAAACACACUGUAAUGUGUGCCUAGUGGGGGAAUGCAUAAAGUAUCAAAUGCUCAGUCUGCAGGAUCUCGUAGAACAAAUUUCCUCCAUUAUCAUCGAAAGGAUGAAUAGGAAGAAAUUUUAUGGCACCGUUCUGUUCAGUUCAAAUUUGCUCCUCAACAUAAGAGAUUUCUCCCUCAUGGUUGAAGAAGUGGAGAAAAAUAUUCAGGAGGAGGAUCUGUUGGAUAGGAUUAUAAACGAGGUGGAGCUCCCGGAGGGGUUCCUUAGCAGACUGACCAAGGAAAGUGCAGAUCUGCUUGGCAUCUGUACCAAAUCCGUGAAGGAGAAGCUACUCCGCAAGGAGAACCGACACGAUGACGAGGUCGACUGUAACUUUGAAAAUAUUAUCAUCGACAAAAUCAGAAGACACAUAAACAAACUAAUGGAACAAGCGAAGCAAACCAACGAACCAUAUUCCUUCGAUGAACACAUGAAAUAUGUACAGACUAACGCCAUGAGGAAGGGCCUUAAGCUUUACAGUGACCUAAACUACCUACAACAUUUUCACUGUGUAGUAAAAAAUAUGGAUCGAGAAAUAAAUUGUUGUAUUCCAACACAUUUUGAUAAUUCCUUAGCUUUUUCACAUGGACUCCUUGCUGGCAUUGCCAUAGAAAAUGACUUAGUGAAUUAUGUAACCUCCAUCAGGCACCUACAUCUAAAUAAGAAAAACUGGAACAGUUCUCUCUACCCCGGUUCCUACUUUGUGAAUCGAGAUGAUGCGGGAGGGGUAGGAUCGGUAGCCGGGUACCCCUACGCCGCGCCUGUGCCCGUGUCGGUGAAGUCGAGCCAAAUGGCCACCAUCAAACAUAACGCGGAAACGUGGGCGUACAACGACUGCUACAUCUUCGUCGGGCCGUACCAACAUGAAGUGAACGCAGACAGCCCCGGAUGCUCCUCGCACAUCUUUUGA